AUGGCUAUUGUCGUCAACGGCGCUCCCCUGCCCGAGUACGACGACGACAGCGACACUCCCGCGUCGCCAACAACGGUCACCAAAUAUGUCGAAGCGACAUCUGGCGCCAACUUCGCGAUUCAAGUAUCAGUCACUGAAGAUUUUCCCUUCCCAAAGGGUGACAUGCUAGCUGCGAUCAGCCUCGAUGGGCAAGUGAUCGAACGUGGAAUCAGCCCCGAAAGCCGCUUCUUUCAUACACGUCUGUACCAUGGCCGUAGCAGCCAAAUCGGUGGACACCCGAAGAUACAGAAAUUCUGCUUUGCCGAAUUGGAAAUCGGUAGGUUCAUUGCGGAGAACCUAUCAUACAUCUUUCUUUCCAAUGUCAAAGCUAAGCUAAUGAUUCUGAAGUUGAAGGAAGCACAUUUCUCCCUGAUCUGA